AUGUCAUUAAGCACAAUAGUCUGUCGUUUAUUUCAAUUAUCGACUAACCAUGUAUUACGUGUAAUACCUGAAAAUAUUGGAAUUAUUAACACAAAACGAACGUGGUAUACUGCAACAAAAAAUGAUCAUCCAGAACCAAAAUGGAGACCAUUGAGACGUGCAAAAAUUUUAGAUAUUGAUUUGCCUGAUUUUGAUAAAGAACGAAGAUUAAGACGAGCAUCAAUACAAGAACAACGAGAACAGUUUAAAAAAGAAGGUAUACCACCCAUUAGAAGUGCAGAAUACAGACCAAUUUAUCUUGAUGCAAGUGCUGAAGUACUCGAAGCAUAUGUACCACCAGAAGGAGAUGGUAAAGCUACAUUGAUGUCAAGAGACCGUUUGAGUCAAGCUUAUGUGUCAUUGAAGAAGAGCGUAUCAUCGCGAAAACAUUCAUCAACGAUUAAGAAAUACGAACCAGAUUUUGAACCAAUUUUGUUCGCAGAUAUAGCACAACAACGAUACAUAGAAGCACAUCAAGCACUAAUGGAUCGAGACGAAGAACGUAUGCUUCAAUAUGCCACACCAAAAGCAUUUGUAGACAUGAGUAGUGGUUUACGUUAUAAAACAUUAAGAUGGAAAUGGGUUGAAGAAAUUGAGCCAGCUUAUGUAGUUGCUAUACGAAGUGGCGACAUGUUAAAAGGCAUGACCAUCGCUCAAGUAACAGUUAGAAUGCAUUCAAAACAGACAUGUGCUAUUUACGAUCGUUUUGGACGUUUAAUGUUCGGUAGUGAGACAUUACCAAAAGAUGUUUUAGAAUACGUUGUCUUUGAAAAAUUAUUAACAAAUCCGUAUGGAAUUUGGCGUGUGCACUCAAAAAUUACGCCAAAUUGGUUACCACCAUCCGAUCCUUUACUCUAUACAUUUGAAAAACCGUUAUUAAAACCAGUCGAUGAUUCAAUCGAAGAUAUUAGUCAAAAACAAAAGGUAAAAGUUGCAGGUGAACAAGAAAAACCCACUACUUCAAUGCCAUCACAAGGUGAUCAAGUGACGUCCAUACCGACUUUAACAACUAUUACUACACCACCAAAAGUGAAAGUGGUGGGCUAUUAA